AUGAAGUUUCUACAUUUGACAGCGCUCCUAUACCUGUUUACCUUUGCCGCAUCAGCGCCGCCCUCGACGGAAUUCAGCAGCGACAUUUCCGUGCGCGAUUCUUCACCCCUUGAACCAUUCAAUGCACUAGAAAAGCGCAAAGGCGGUGGCGGCGGUAAAGGAGGAGGAGGAAGCGGCGGAAGCAGCAGUGGUGGUGGGAGGACUGGUUCGGGUUCCGGGGGUUCCAGCUCAGGAGGUCGCCCAGCAUCAUCAUACUCAUUCUCUCCGUCGAGCAACGUCGGCGGCAGAACGCGCGAAGGGUCGGGCACGCCCAAAACCUAUGGGAAUCGAUAUACUGGGGGCGCCGUCGUACCAUACACUGCUGGCGCACGGUCACCCUCAAGAGGCAUCGCCCCGUAUGCGCUUCCAAUCGGCGCCCUUGCCUUGUUCCCGGCCCUUUGGCUGUACGGUUCCGUCUGGGCCUACCCAUAUGGCAUCCCAUACCAUUACUACCACGACGGGCGCAACACCACCAGCAACGUCACGUGCGUCUGUCAACGGUACCAAGUCUGCGGAUGCGACCCGACCGACAACAGCACGUUCCUAAACCAGGUCGUCACCAAUGGCACCGGUUCGGCGCCGGUCAACACGAGCCUGGUGCGGACUGUGGACUAUGGUAACGGCACUGCUGUGACAUACAUCAACGGAUCACUUGCAAACGGGACCACGUCAGACGGUGGCACGGAUCCUAGCAAUGAGAGCGAAAUCAGCGCCGCCGUGAAGGUGAUGAUGGACUUUGGGGGUUAUUGGAUCAUGGUAGCAACAGUGGUGUUGGGAAUGUGGAUGACAGCUUGA